CCCUGGGGGGGGGGGGGGGAGGUGGGCACCAUGGUGCACUUGCUGGCCUGCCUGUACCCGAGUGGCAGCUCUUGCCUGCCUCUGACGUGACAAGUUCCCUGCCUGCUUCAUUCUCAAAGGCUUGGUGGGUCAGCUGAGAUCUGAUCGUCAGGACGGUUUUGGGCAGGUGCUGGAAGGCAGAGCUAAGCCGUCCGUCCUGCCUGGGAGCUGAGGCUGCCGGAAGCAGUGGUGGGAGAGGGUGUGGUGGAUACGGCCCCGCCCCUGGGAGGGGCUUUAGGCACCAGGAAGGGAAGUCCCGCUGGAGGAGUCCUGCUGAUCACACCGCCUCGCCGUCCUCUCCUCGGAGUCUCUUAUCUGUGGUCGGCUGGUUGCUGGCAGGGGACUAGACGUGGCCGAGGCUGGGCUGGGGACGGCACUGCAAGGGCACAGGAUCCACUCAGCAGGCCAGCCUUGCCGGGGCCCCAGCGUAGUUCCUGUCCAGUGAGAGAGCCAGCCAGGACCACCACCCCUGAGCUGUGCCCUGGGGUCCCUGGCCUCCACCUUGCUGACUCCCACCCUGGGCCUGUCAGUCCACCUGGGGCUUCUCUGGGCCCUGAGUGCCUGAACCCACUGUGCCCAGCACCAGUGGGUGAAGGGGAUGACUUUGGGCUCCCCCAAGAUGCUGAGACUCCAGCCAGUGAGCCCCUGUUGGAGGCUGUGGCCAUGGAGGGUGCCUGGGCCCUUCCAGCCUGGAAGGAGGAGCGGGGAGAGCAGGCAGCAGGGCAGAGGGAAGAAGAGUGCCCCAUCUGCACUGAGCCCUAUGGACCCAGGGAGCAUCGCCUGGCCCUGCUGAACUGUAGCCACGGCCUGUGUGUGGGCUGCCUGCGCAGGCUGCUGGGCUCGGCCCCGAGCUCCGACCUGGGCUGGGUGCGCUGCCCACUGUGCCGCCAGAAGACCCCCAUGCCGGAGUGGGAGAUCUGCCAGCUGCAGGAGGAGCUGCUGCUGGCCGACGGGCCCCCACGCCAGUCCCCCCGAGAGGCCCCCGCACCCCAGCACCGCGACCCUGGACCCUGGGGCUCCCUGGAGCACCGCUACCAGCUGCGCUUUCUGGCGGGGCCCGUGGGUGGCCGCGGCUGCCUGCCCUUCCUGCCCUGUCCGCCCUGCCUGGGUGCCUGGCUCUGGACCCUGCGGGAGCAGGGACCCUGUGCCCGCCGCGUGGCGCUGCUGAGCCUGCUGGCCCUCGAGCUGCUGGGGCUGCUGCUGGUCUUCGUGCCGCUGGUGCUGCUGGGGCUGCUCUUCCUGCUCCUGGACCGCUCUGGCCGCUGAGCAGAGCCCAGGAUGGCCCUGACGCCAGUGGGCCCAGCCUGGCCCACAUCGCCACUGGGUGCUGUGAGACCUGAAGACCAGGCUGAAAAACCCAAGGUUGGGUCCAGGGUACUGCCCUUCAAUCAAGACCUCCAUGGCUGAACCCAAGACGGGCCACCCUGGAGCCUGACCCUGCCAGAGUGCAUGGCUGCCCUGGACGCCGGUGCCCAAGGACAGCUGCUGGAGGAGCCAGCCCAGCAGGAAGGUCUUUGAGCAGGGCCCCAUGCACCCAGUGGUAGACAGGCACCCUAUGGCCAUGGCUGAUGCUGGCCACACUUCCCCUUCCGAGGGCCGGCCGAGCACAGCAGACAUGAAGGUUAAUGGAGCUGCAGUCAGUCCGUUCCUUGGGGAGGACAGGGGUUCCGCCCACUCUGUGUUCAGAUAAGGGCCACUGCAUGUCCCUGAAGGUCAGGCCAGCCGGGGGAGGGGCCUAUGCUGUGAAAACUCCGCCUACAAAGGCUUCUCUCCCCACCUGCUCAGGCUGAGACCCACUGGGGGUCAGCACUGGCCUGUUGCAGGGACAAGGGUCCACCCAGGCCUUAGAACGUAAGCACCAGCCCCAGCUUUGCCCCUGCACACCCUCACGUUGCCACACCUGGGGCCUUCGUGGAAAAGGGUGGAGACAUCGGGUCUGUGGGUGACCGUGAGAGACGGAGCACUGGGCUCAAUGCAAAGCAGCUUCCAAUAAACCGGCUCCUGGGAA